UAUGCUUAGCUCUUGUCAGCAGGGUUCCAAAACCGAACCAGUUACUCAAGAUGAGUGAUGUCAAGCUUACUGUCUUGGGUGGUAAAGGAACAGGGAAAUCAGCACUUACUGUAAGGUUUCUUACCAAGAGGUUCAUUGGAGAAUAUGCUUCGAAUCUUGAAUCUAUCUACAAUAAGCAGUUGUGUUUGGAUGGGAAAGCAUUGAAUCUGGAAAUAUAUGACCCAUGUUUUCAACCGCAGAAGGCAAAGUGCUCCCUCACAAGUGAUCUGCACUGGGCAGACGGGUUUGUGAUUGUGUAUGACAUCAGCGACAGGCCUUCCUUUGCUUUUGCAAAAGCCCUUCUCUGCAGAAUCCGGGAGCCACCAACUACUCAUUGUAAAAGGAUGGUGGAACCAGCUGUGGUUUUAGUUGGCAACAAGCAAGACCUCUGCCACAUGAGAGAGGUUGGCUGGGAAGAAGGGCAUAAGCUAGCAAUAGAUUUCCACUGCCAGUUCUGUGAACUGUCUGCAGCAGAGCAGUCCUUGGAGGUGGAGGUGAUGUUUCUCAGACUCAUCAGGGACAUUCUGAUGAUCUUCAAACACAAGGAGAAGAGGAGAUCCAGUGGCUCUAAAUCAAUGGCCAAACUGAUCAAUAAUGUAUUUGGAAAAAGAAGAAAAUCUGUUUAGAAGAUAUAUAACACAGGGGACUUGGUCCAUCAGAGGGUUUCAAACAUUUACUAUAACAAACAUGAUUUAUAUAAUUAAAAGACAAAUUUUGGGGGGAUAUAUAAAAUAAGUGAAAAUGAGUCAUGACUGAAUUUUAAAAUAUGUAAUUUGUCUCUUUGGUUACAUCUGGCUUAUAUUGCUUCCCACAUAAAUGCUCACUUCUUGUACAAGUGAAUACCCACUCUGGUGUUUCAAUAGAGAACUGUCCCUGUGCCUUCCUGAGAAAACUGCUGUACAUAUUGUUCAAUUAAAGUAUUAGUUUAAAGUGUGUGGUUUACUUUUAAAUUCUGUCAUUGUUUUGAGAAAAACAAAUAGAUAUUGAUACAACUAAUACAUUGUAUGGCCUAAGUUAUUGAUUUUAAAAUGACUUAAUAAUAUUUAACAGAUUUUUGCUUUAAAAUAUAAUUUAGAGUUGGAUGUGUAAGGCUAGCUGUUCAUGAAUAAAUAUUUUGCAGUUUAGGAAACAAUGAAAAAGUUGUGUUUUAUUAAUUAGUUACUAUCUUAUAGCAGCAAGAUAUUAAAAAAUAUGUAUAGCGAAUUCAAGUUAAUGGAAGAUUUUUUUGUUGACUUUCAAUUUGAAGGGAUAUAGUCCAUAAUUCAGGGAAGUCAUGAUGGCAGUAUCAAGCAACUGGUCACACUGCAUCACCAACCAAGAAGCUAAGACACUUGUGUUUACCUGACUUUCUCCUUUAUUUUACUUUCAUUGAUUCUUGGACAUCAGUCAUCAAUGGUGGGUCUUUCCUACUCAGUGAGGCCUCCUGGAAGACAUUCUCUCAGGCUUGCACAGUUGUGUGUCUUCUAGGUGACUCCAAAACCUUGCAGGUCAGCAGUGAAGAUCAGCCUCUGCAGUCUCAGAGACAUUGCUCACAAAGAACUUCAUGGAUAGCAUUAAGAUCCUUUGCAAAUUAAAAGUUAUCUAGGUUAGUUUAUCUAGGGGAAUAAAACAUAACUAGUUUGGUUUCUAUUGCUGCAAUAAAAACCAUGGCUAUAAGCAAUUUCAGGAAGACAGAAUUUAUUUUGUCUUACAGGUUUUAUCUUACUUUGGAAAGAAGCCAGGACAGGAUAGAUGAAUGCUCCUCACCAACUUGCUCCCUGUGUCUUGCUUAACCACCUUUCCUAUACAUUCAGGUUCACCAGUUUAUACUUGUACUCAUAUCCUUGUACUUUUGAUAGUUUUUUGGAAUCUCCUACACCAAUUAGCAAUCAGGACAAUGUGAUGGAGGCAAUUCUGUAAUUGAUAUUUUCUCUUCUCGGGGUGUGCAAGCUUGACAAUAAUUAACCAGUACAGCUGAUAAAUUUACAACUUUGAAAGCCUUGCUACAAUGAAGCUUUUUUAUAUAAGUUUUUUUUGGUAUAAGAUGCAACCAUAUUAAAUCUUGUGGGCUACCAUUUUCUUCUAAGACAAUGGUAGACCUUCCAGUCUACGGUACUGGCUACCCUUGCUGUACUUUUCCAUCCAUUAUAUUUCACUCUGCAGUUAUUUGCCUUGCAUCUGACAAAAUGUUGAUAAUUAUGGUUGGGUCUCAGAGAAAUAAAACUCAAGAUAUAAGCAAUGACAUACUCCCACUGUGUGGGAACAUGACAGAAGAAGCUUUUGAGUAUAGGAUGGUGAGCUAGAAUGGAGCAAGGUGGCCCAAAGUAGAGGAUCCACAGACAUGAGAUCCUCACUCAGCAUAAGCCACAAUUAAUCAUAUUAGGAAGGAAACCUUGAGAUACUAUUGUUUCUUAGAAGUCUGACCUUACAUCGUUCACUAUAAUGUUUUUCAAUUAAAUCUAUUUAC